AUGUGCAUGAGAGAUGCAGAAUCUCAGGAACAUGAGAAGAUCCUUUCUCCAGAUUUUCUUUCAGUCGACCAAAUCAGUGAUUUGCUAACAGCAGACCUAAAUGGAAUUCAAAAAAAAUUGGAAGAGGUUUUGAAUCUCAGGAAUGUUCAUACAUCUUUAAAGGAAGCGAUUCUAUUAGAUUAUUAUGUGUCUGGAUUUUUGUGGGCCAAAGAAAAGGACUUCUCUGUUACUCAGUAUUCACAAUUUAUGACUUUGUUAGAUAUGUUACUUCAUAAUCUUAACACACUGCAUAUGUCUUUAAAAGACAGCAUAAAAUGGCUGGGAGAAGUUAUGGCGGAAAUAGGACCAUCUCAUCUAGGAAAAAAUGAGGAAUGGAAUACUUUUGAUAUAACACAAGCCAAUGCUAUCAUUGAUUACUUGAAAAUCAGCUUAUUUCAGCACUACAAGCUAUAUGAGUUUCUCUUCUGUGGUACCAGGGAAGAAAUCCUGUUGGGAAUUGAGGAGGUGAUAGAGGUUGUCAAGUCCGCAGAUAGCCCCUUUCCAGGUCCUCUGGAAGAAGGAAUUUCUUCUGAUAUUUACUCAGCAUUCAUCGUGCCACAACCACCAUCAGAUGCAGAAAUGACAGGAUUGGAUCCAAAACAAGGUCCUGAGGAGACCCACGGAGAAGAUGUAUCAGAAGUGGAUGCUUUAGUUGGUUUGACCAUUGAAGAUAUAAAAUCAGUGCUGGAUCAAGUAACAGAUGACAUUCUAAUCACCAUUCAGACUGAGAUAAACGAAAAGCUGCAAAUACAGGAAGAGGCCUUUAAUGCACGAAUAGAAAAAUUGAAAAAGGACUGA